UCUGCCCAGUCGACGUAGAGUUUUAUUUUUAUAGGCAAAAGCUUUUGAAAUUGCAAACUAUCCUUAUCAUUCCGAUUUCCCGCUGAUUACUUUUAAUAAUUUUUGGCUAAAUAAAAGACUGUGCCGGUCUUAAUUAUUGCAUUUUUUGUGUGAAAGGCUACCUAACUUCCAAAAAUGGGUCGCAAGUUUGUUGUUGGAGGUAACUGGAAGAUGAACGGUGAUAAGAACCAGAUCAACGAGAUCAUCAAUAACCUCAAGAAAGGCCCAUUGGACCCUAAUGUUGAGGUUGUACUUGGUAUUCCAGCCAUCUACCUAGCAUAUGUGAAAAGCAUUGUGCCCGAAAACAUUGGGGUUGCGGCCCAGAAUUGCUGGAAAGUUGCUAAAGGGGCUUUCACAGGAGAAAUCUCUCCUGCUAUGAUUAGGGAUGUUGGAGCUGAUUGGGUAAUCCUUGGUCACUCUGAAAGAAGGACCAUUUUCGGUGAAAAGGAUGACCUUGUUGCUGAGAAGGUGAAACAUGCUCUGGAGUCAGGCUUGAAGGUUAUUGCUUGCAUUGGUGAAACCUUGGAAGAGAGAGAAGCCGGUAAAACCGAGGAAGUUGUCUUCAGGCAAACUAAAGCUCUCCUGCCAGCUAUUGGCAAUAGCUGGGGCAAUGUUGUGCUCGCCUAUGAGCCAGUAUGGGCUAUUGGAACUGGUAAAACUGCCAGUCCUCAACAGGCCCAAGAAGUGCAUGCUUCUCUCCGCAACUGGCUGUCCACAAAUGCUUCCCCAGACAUUGCCGAGUCUGUUCGCAUCCAAUAUGGUGGCUCGGUAACUGGUGCCACUGCCAAGGAACUGGCGUCCUGCCCUGAUAUUGAUGGAUUCCUUGUCGGAGGAGCUAGCCUCAAACCAGAGUUUGUCGACAUUAUCAACGCUACCAAGUAAAAAGGUAACCCAUAGACUAGAUUCGGACCAUUAUAUGGCUGUUUUAGUAAACAAACAUACUUCGUAAUCAGAAUUGGUCCAUUUUCUAGUUUAUGUUUCUGCUUACGUGAUUUAGCGCAGCAAUGCGAGUAAUCUUAUUAGUAUGAAAUGCAAACUUAUUUAUAUAACAAAAUUGCUUAUAAUUAUUAUAAGUAAUGUUGUAGUUUAGAAGAUCAUAGCGAAUCAAUUGCAUAACAUCAAUGUCAUAUUAAUAAUAUUUAUUUGCUGCUAUGUAGAUUUAUGUUAUCAAAAAGUCGCGCAAAGCAUAAAGGAAAUUAUUAAUUUAAGAAAGUCUUAAUGUAAGGAUUGAACCAUUACUAUUUUAGGAUUAUUUUACUGGUCAUUCAAUAUCAAUUGACCAUCAAAAAACUGUUUCCUCAAAUCAUGUAAUAUUAUUAAGUUCAUAACUUGUUUUUAUUAAGAAGAUUUACUUUCCUUAUAUUAUAAGAAAUUCUCAAAGAUAUUUUGAUUGUAUUUCCUUGAAUACUUUUUACGUUUAUCUGUUGUUAUGAAAAUAAAUAAACAAUGUGUAAUGUU